AUUUUGUCACACAACAUCAUCAGUCCAUCACACUGAACCGAACUGGUAUUGCUAAAACCGCACCGCCGUCAAACAGCAAAAAAAAUAAAAACCAAAAUGUCAACAGAAAUCCUAAACCCUGAAAUCAACGGCCAAGAUUCAUCGGAAAAGCCCCAAUCGCCUGAAACCCUAACCCCCGAAAUCAACGACCAGGAUUCAUCAGAACAUCCCAAAUCACUGGCCGAUACACUAAAACCCGAAAUCAACGGCCAGGGUUCAUCGGAAAAGCCCCAUUCACCUGAAUUGAACGGCCAGGAUUCAUCGAAACGAAAGCGAGAAGAAAUCGAAGCAGAAACAGAGCAAAAGCAAGAACAAAAUCCAUUAUGGAAAACAACACUUUGUUCUUACUUUCGUAGAAACGAUAAUUCAUGUAGCCAUGGAGAAACCUGUCGUUACGCACAUGGUGAAUCGGAGCUCCGAAUCCGACCCGACAAUACAUGGGACCCGACUUCUGAACGGGCCAAAAAAAUGGCUAAGAAGGAUAAUGAAGAGGAUAAUAAUAAUAAUAAAAAAGAAGAGAAAUGUAAUGACGUCAUGAUGACGGAUGCUUUAGGUGAUGAUGACGUGGAAUGUAAUCGGUUGUCUAAGUGCUUGGUGAAUUUACCUAUGAAGUGGAGUUCGGAUAAUUUAAGGUGUUUCCUUAAAGACAAUGGUGUUACUUUUAAAUCAGCAAAAAAGAAGAAAGGCAUGGCUGUAGGAUUUGUUACUUUUGAAAAUGCAGAACAAGUGAAGACUGCUCUGAAGGAGUUGGAUGGAAAGCUUGUUGGCAACAAGAAUUUAAAAGUUGGAGAUGUUAUUCCGCGGUCAUUUGAGAGAAAAUGUAAUUCGGCACCGACCAAUCAACAAGGUGAAAAGCAAACCCAGGCUGGAGACGGUUUGGAUGCAGAUGAAGCUGAUGAUGAGGACAGUAAUUCAGUUUUGAAGGGUAGGUGUGUUCGUGAUGUGGUGACUUCUCUUGCUAAAAUGACAUAUGCUGAUCAACUGGAGCAGAAGAAGAGUUCUUUGACACAAAUUCUCAAAAGACUUACUCGAAAUGCACGUAAAGCUUGUCCUCCUGGUGUUUCACUUCCAGAAUGGAUUCUCAAAUCUAGGGAAAUAGGUGGUCUUCCAUGCAAACUGGAGGGCAUAAUCGAAUCGCCACUUAUCGAUGGAUAUCGAAACAAGUGUGAGUUUUCUGUGGGAAACUCUGUACUAGGAAAGCCAACUGUGGGAUUUCAGCUUGGAAAUUUCAGGGAGGGCGUGACAGCUGUUGAGGAACCUGUUGACUGCCCAAAUGUUUCUAGAGUUGCUUGUAAAUAUGCUGCUAUCUUCCAAGAAUUUUUACCACAGUCAACUCUACCUAUUUGGAACAGAUUGAAUAAUACCGGAUUUUGGCGUCAACUUACUGUUCGAGAAGGUCGCAUGCCUGGUAAAAAUGUAGAGGUUGAAAAUCCCAACGCAAAUAUUUCAGAGGUUAUGCUCAUUGUUCAGGUUUCCACUUUGGCGUUUGAAGAUGCACUAGUUAAUGAUGAACUUCAAGGUUUAGCCAAAGCGUUUGCUAUGGGAGCUUCUAGUGCAUCACCAACAUUACCUCUUACUGUCCUGGUAGUUCAGGAUCACACUGGUGUAUCAAAUGUAGCACCGGCAGAUGCUCCGCUGCGCGUGCUUCCAUUUCCCAGAGGGGAAAGUGAUUCUGAACAGCAUGCAGAUAAUGCAGUUGCUGAACCAAAAAUUCAUGAUUUUAUAAAUGGACUUAAGUUUUGUAUUUCUCCCACGGCCUUCUUUCAGGUAAACUCCCUUGCUGCAGAGAAGUUGUACUCCCUUGCAGGGGACUGGGCCGGCUUGGGUCCUGAUACCUUGCUUUUUGACGUUUGCUGUGGAACUGGAACAAUUGGUCUUACUCUGGCAAAUCGAGUUGGUAUGGUUGUUGGCAUUGAAAUGAAUGCUUCUGCUGUUUCUGAUGCUCAAAGAAAUGCUGAAAUCAAUGGGAUAAAGAACUGUAGAUUUAUUUGUGGAAAGGCAGAGGAUGUCAUGGGAUCUGUACUGAAAGAGUAUCUUGCUUCACCUCCAAAAGUAGAUGAAAUUCCAGAUACAAAAGAAAAGAACGACGAAGAAAAUACUACUUCCACAGAGAAGACUGAUUCUAUAGUUAAUGCAUCGGAAACAGAUACUACACCUAUUGAGAAUAUUGAUUCUACGGAUAGCACAGCGGAACCUGAGGGAGCAGUAGGCCUUGAGUGUACCAAUAGUAAAAGCUUGUCAGAAUCUUCAGCAGGUGGCAUUACAGGAUCAGAAACCCCACUUAAGAAGAGUUGUUCAUCAGAGAAUUUGACCACUCCAGUGCAACAUUUCAAGAAUGUUGUUGCAAUUGUAGAUCCUCCACGUGGUGGACUUCAUCCCACUGUUAUCAAACUUUUGAGGACCAAUUCACGUCUAAGGAGGCUUGUUUACAUUUCCUGUAAACCUGAAAGUUUAGUUGCAAAUGCUAUUGAGCUCUGCACGCCUUCUCCAGAUGAAACUGAGAAGGGGAAUAACAGAAACAACCCAAGAUGGAGAAAGAUGAGCAGCGCUGGUCUCGCACGACAUAGAACCAAAUCAAUGCCCACUUCAGAGCCGUUUCAACCUGUCAAAGCCAUGGCUGUAGAUCUUUUUCCACAUUCUCCUCAUUGUGAACUGGUGAUGCUUCUGGAGAGGUAAAUUAUCUAUCUCUUUAAACAAUUAUCUUGAGUAGCCAUUUAUCAAAGGAGAUAAAAAUGGUCCUUUAGAUCUGUUUUCUCAAUGUGAAAAACAAGGAACGAGCCUUCGGCAAACAAUUACUAGACAUCUGUUAUCGAUGUUAGUGCUGGCAGUUUUGAGGCAAUCUUCUAUUCUUUGAGAGCUUACCUCAAAUGCAAUGACACAUUAUGUUCAUGACCUCUCAUAUAAUUUGAGAUGCUGUAACAAUUUCAAGUGAAAAGAAGUCUGAUAUGUUGAGUAAUUUAGUCACUUUCUUCUA